AGCGUGAUAACAGUUUGACAGUUCGAGGAGAACAGAAUUUUCCCCGUGCCCGUGUUGAAUUAUUUGCAUUGCUCAUUACAUUCAACAAAAUUGAUUUCUUUCCCAAUCGAUACUCCCCGUUAAUCAUAGUUGGAAGUUCAUUUGCUAGAACGGUUUGUUAGCGUUCAAUUUGUUAGCUUUGCAGUGGCACAGACACAUUCUGGCUGAGACGCGAACUACCGUGAACCGUGCAGUUUUGCUGCAGGAGCUAUUUAUUUGCAAGUGUUCUUCUAUAGUUGGUAAAAUGUAUUAAGUGAAAAACUAUUUGCAAGGGCGUUAGAAUACAUCCAAAGGUAUUGAAGAAAUGAGAGAGUAUUAAAGAACGAUGAAUAUUUCGUGUGCCUGGCAAGGACGGCACGGUUGAACGCCAGUGGUCAUUGUCGUUUGCUGCUAUUCUUAUCAAAAUAUUACCCUACACGGACGGUUCAAGGAAAUCUCGCUCGAAAUCAAGUGCGAUAUGGAUGGAACGAAUAAGCAAUAUGCACUGUGCGAUCGAGCAGAGCUCUCGGCCCUCGUUAAUCAACCAUUUAGAAACAAUAGUCGCAUUAAGUUCACCUGCUUCGAUUGUUCACCAAAGUACUUCGUGUUUGGGGCCAACUCGGGCAGUCUUUAUCUAUACGAUCGCGCAACGACUAGCUUCCUAGCAAUCUUUCCUAGUCAAUUGGGCACCAUCGGGAAGGUAUCCAUUUCGCACAAUGAAAAGCAGAUCGCGGUUGGUAACCUGACGGGCUCGAUUGGCGUGCUGCUCGAGCUGGAACCACCGCACGUGAAGGAGAUCCUAAGCACGGACCUAGCACCAACCACCGAUGGAGAGGGUCAGCCGCUCGAAUUGGCUGAGCCCGCUUUCGUUACCAGCUUUUGCUGGACGGAGGAUGAUAAGGAGCUGUACUGCGGCGAUUCGCGGGGAAUUGUAUCGUUGAUACAGUUCUCCUUGUUCAUGGGUCGAAACAUCCUUAACAUAAGUCUACAUCCAGUGCUGCUGCUGGAAAACCGUAUAGUACAAAUUGACCGUUACAAGGAUUUGUUGCUGGUAUCCACACUUUCCAAGUGUGUGCUUUGCAACACAGCGAGGGAAGAAUUUAAACAGAUCGGAAACCGUCCAAGAGAUGGACAGUACGGUGCAUCCUUUGUCAUUGCGCAACCGAACAGCCACGCGGAUUCUACGACGCCUUCUCCUCCUCUCAUGAUAGUCGACGAGGAGGAUGUUCGGAUAUUUUGCUCACGCCCCGGCAGCCGUCUGUGGGAAGCGGACCUCGAGGGAAACGUAAUUCGCACACACCAGUUCAAACAGGCGUCAGCUAGUCGUCGUCACCGUAGGGAACUGCAAUGUUUGCAAGAGUCUAAGCUAGAUUUGAUUGGACCAACCGGACCUGCCGAUGGAACGAUGAUGGUUGUACCGUUUCAGGUGCUCUACUCCAUUCGCCGGCAGCUGCUGUUGGUGCACGAUCGCUGCCAGCUAUUGAUAAUAGAUCCACUCCAGUCAAGGAUUGUUUUGCGCACCGAUGAGUUCACGGACAUCGCACACGUGGCGGUAGUGGACGAGUGGAUCUAUUUGCUGACCGGCGAGAAUAGAGUAUUCCAAGUCCGUGUCGAAAUCGAGGGUGAGGAUGAUCCACACUCGGCUUCGCCCGGUCAGGAGGAACGCAGUUCGCACAACACGUCACCCUUGCAGCCCAUGCACGAAUCACGCAAGCAAAAGCAAGGUGUGUACAUUCUGGACAGUGUGCUUAACAAUAAUGGAAAGCCACUGAAGGAUGGGAAGGAAAGUCCCUUACUGCUGUCGACAGAAGCCACCAUUAAGGAAGCGCUUGUGUCCGUUGUACGGGGCAAGUAUGGGCGUAACAUUAAGCAAAUGUUUAUGGGUUACGAGCAGCAGCAGCGUACACAAAAUGGCAUCCCGGAGCGGCCGAAAACAUUGAAUCUAACGAAGAUCUAUGAACCAAGUCGUACGAAUGUAUUUGCAAACGGCAACGGACACGCUUUGCUCGCCGAAUUUGGCAUCGAAGCAGAGGCAGAAGAUCUCGAAUGUGACGGAGACGAAAUGAUCGAAGAACUGGUGCGCACUCGCACCGGCCAAACGUUUGGCACCAUACAAAUGCAGGGGAAAAAGAAAUUUUCCACCUCCCUGCUCGACGGGUACGAAACGUCGGAGGACGAUGCUACGGUGCGCAAUUUGUACCUUAUCUUCCGAUCGUCAAUCAUCAGCAACCUUAACUUUGCCGACCGAUACGCGAAGAUUUUUGACGAUUACGACACGGAAUCGAUUGUGCGACUGUUGCGCAAGCUGGAACAACUAAUGGAGGAAAAUGAGGAACCGAAUGCACGGGUGAAGUGUAUGCGCAUAUACUUUAACUAUCUGAAACCGGAGUUGCUGUGGGAAAUCGAUACCGACUCGCGGCAGUUCAUCAAGAGUGGCUUUAUCCUGUGCAACACGACAGAGCCGGACGAUCGGGCGUGCUUGGAAAGAUUGGUCCAAUGCGCGGACUGUGGGUACUAUCUGGAAGCGACAGCAUCCUGCCAUUACCAGGAGAUCGGAACCUGUUUGAUGCAGUACUACUGGUCGCGCAAAGAGUACGAUGAGUGUUUCGCGAUGGUAAAGCAGGUUCCGUACCUGUGGCGCACCAUCACACGCUACUUCAUCCAAGAUCGGCGGGAAGAUAAGGUGGUGGCAUGCGCUUGGAAUCUGGCCGAUCGGGAGCUAUUUGAGCGUGCGGCUGGCGAGCUUCCAUUUCAGCUCGAUCACUGGGGAAAACUGUUUGAGCUAGUGAUAGCCUACCAUCAACGGCACGAGAUGAUCUGCUUGAGCUGUGAUAAACCGUGCGCUCGGCCCGACAAUCGCGACAAUACACCGCCGUUCAAUGGUAUAGUCAGUCCUGCUGCAGGGACAGCAAUCGAAUCUCGGUUUCGCCAGUGGAACUAUCUGCUAGGUGUCGCUCUGUCACAUUUUAGUUCGCCCCUCGAACUGCUGAAUCUAGUGCGCUGUUAUGCGGACCACAUUCCAAGAGGAGCCAUUGCUCCUAGCUUCUACAUUCGAUGUUUGCUGCUGGAAGCUAAGUGAAACAAAUAAGAUAUGAUCAGCGUUUACCCAACCGCCUUGUGCUUUACCUAACAUUAGCCCACGCUUAGACACGUCGAACGAAGCACGUGUCACCUCCCGGUACUCGUAACGCUGGCGUUAUUCGUACUUAUGUAUUGUGCUUGCCAUUGCCACCUGCCUGAUAUAGAUGCUUUUUCUUGUUGGCGUUUGUUUAGUGCUGUCAGGCGGCUUAGCGAAGGGCUUCAACACGUAGCAACACCACCACUACAACUAGCCAUUACUGUGUAGAAAAAAGCUAAUUGCAACAAACAACAAAAUAAUAAUGCCAAAUAUUUUAGCGGACUAUUGGAACAGAAAGCGCAGAUGAAUAAAUUGCGGGGAAAUAAAAUGUA